AUGACUGCUAUCAACUUGUUAAUGAUUGGAGUUGCCAUCUGUGAUCUUAUCGAUAUGAGCUUCAUCGUUUACGGUAUGAUUUAUUUCAUAGUUUUGCCCUGGCAAAAUAAAUGCCAUCCACCAAUCAGCUACAUAGCCACUGUCCUCGACUAUUGGGCCGGUGCUACAGAAGAAAACUCCCGCCGGCUGGUUGCAAUAUUCGGAGUUUUAAUGACAGCUAUUCAAUAUCUUACUCUGAAAUUCGUUAUGAAUCCCAAGUUUGACAUUGUGUCCCAGCCCUCCUUUGCUCUGAAAACUAUGGCCAUAUCUGUUGCAUUGAGUACACUACUAACGUUUUCUUAUUUUUUCAGCUUUGAGUUUUUUGAAGAAACGUGGGUACUGCCGAAAAAGUGCACCGGUUUCCCGAAAAACUUCACCGCAACCCAAUACAUUUCAACGAUGACUGACGCGUACCAAGGUGGAAAAGAAUCUAAAAAAUAUACAAUUUACUAUAUCAUUGAUGGUUCCAUAAAGGCUUGCCUCGCAAUUCUUCUUCCCAUCCUCACAGCUCUACUAGUUGGACAGCUGAGAAAAAUGAUCGCUCUGCGGAAAAAAACGUCUUCGUUGAGAAAUGAUAAUGGAAGUCAAUCUUCGGAUUAAAUCACGAAGCUUGUAAUUCUGAUGGCAAUUUCAUUUAUCACUGCUGAAUUGCCAAUUGGGAUUCUUUAUAUCUCCACAGGGUUGCUCGCUAGUCAUCCGGCAAUUGUAACUACCAUACGCUAUUUGAUGGAUAUUUUCACGUCAUUUGUUGCCAUUAACGCCACCGUUCAUUUCUUAAUUUGCCUCGGCGUAAACGCUCAUUAUCGAGACACUGUUAAAGAGCUAUUCCGCUGGAAAUUUGAAAAAUUGAGGAAAACUUCAGAUGACUCAACUAUGAAUUCUCAGAGUGUUGGCCAACCUAGAAUUGUCGCUUGAUC